UUGCAAUUGUUUUAUUUCAACAUGGCAAAAAAAUGCACAAGUCUCUCUCUUUUACAUACACAGAGGAAAUGAAGAAACCAUGUAUUGAAGCAGAUUUGGUUCUAACUCUGAUACCUUUGCUGGAGAGCACAGAUCAAGAAAUGCUGCUUCAUGCUGGGAGAGCUAUUGGACGCAUGUGUUAUGAUAAUCGGGAUCUUCAGGAAGAGCUGGUUAAGGUAGGAGUAAUCACAUCACUAGUCCGAAUACUAACCGAUUAUGCAGAGAGCGAACCACUUGUCCAUGUUGAUCUGUUGGCUUUAUGCAAUCUUGCAGACCUUGAUACAGCCAAGGAAGCUCUCAGCAAGACAAAGGUUGCUGAACAGCUGGUGAAACAACUGAGAAGAGCAGACAACCAUGAGAGGUUAGAAAUGGUCUUUGAGGUCCUGCAAGCACUUGCAGAAAACGAUGCUCUGAAAGUGCAGUUGGUGGAGGCAGGCGUGCAAGAAGUGCUGUCUGAGAUCCUGCUGAGGCUGCAGGGUAGAUCACAAGCUGAAGACACAUGCAUUGUGAAGGCUGCGUCAGACCUCAUUGUCUCUCUGCUUGUUGGAGAUGGCAACUGUGUCCGAAUGGUACAGCUGGGAGUCAUACAUCUGCUUCUGGAUCUUUUGCAGAAACAUGUGGAGAGUAAGGAUGUGUCUGUUCAACAUGCUGCACUCAGUGCUCUUCGAAAUCUCGCUAUACCAGUUGUUAACAAGGUUCAAAUACUGGAGGAAGGUGUGGCAGAACGGAUCCAGACACUUCUAAGGUCAGAGGUGCCUCCUGUGCAGUUUAAACUUCUGGAAACAUUACGAAUGUUAGCAGAUGGUCAAGCUGAUGCUGCUGAAAUCCUGGGCCAAGACCCCAUGCUGCUGACCAGCCUCGUGCAGUGGUGCAACGCCAACGACCACACCGGUGUCCACAGAGAAGCAAACCGGCUGCUGGCAUCCAUCCUGCGCCACAACAGAUCCCAAGAAGUGGUCAAAGCCAUCCAGGAGGCACAAGGAGUGAAGCCUCUGGUUUCUAUGACAACAAGCAAACAUGAUGCCACACAGAAUGAGGCUCUGAAUGCUCUGACAAUAGCAUCUGCACUUGAUUUAGAAAUCCUUGAGGAAUCUUUUAAGGAAUCACAGCUGGUUCAAAGCUUACACAAACUUCUACAAGAUGAUAAUGCAAGUCCUGAGGUGAAAUAUAAUUCAUUGGGUCUUCUGUGCAGUCUUCUUAAUUCAGGUGAUCUGAGACAAGAAAUAGAAGAGGACAAGAUUAAAGAAACCCUUGAACAACUCUGCAGUCACAGCAAUGCAAAUGUGGUCAAGGAAGCUGUCACAACAUUACAGGUUUUGAGAGGAGAGACACCCCACUAA